CGACAUUUAUCAAUAUCAUUCAUGUGCCAAUGAAAAAAUUUACACCAUUCACUCUUGAAGUCUAUCUAGACUACUUGCCAAAUGUUUUUGCAGUGGAGUUUUCAAUCACUUGUACUAUUCUUCGCUGAUCCUUCGAACAAUUCUCAUAUCCGUUCUUUCUGGCCGUUUUGUUGCUGGAGAAGUUAUCGUUAUUGGACAACAUAAAUUGAAAAUGAAAAGUAACGAUGGAAAUGGUAGAAUGAAUUUAUGAAGAAUAUUGAUAUAAAAUUGGAAAAAAGAACAAAAACCCCGAAAACGUAAAAUUUGAAAACAAACAAAAAAAAAAAUUAAUAAAGAAAACUACUACUACUACUACUACUACUACUACUACUAUCAAGCAACUAUGUUGAUGAAUUUUUUGUGUGUUGGUCAGAUCCUUGUGAUAUUGUUGAGCCAACAAGAAUCUCUUGCUAAGCGGAAAGGCUACAGCGGUUUAAGUAACGCUAAUGGAAAGGUAGAUUACAUAACUUUCCAUGAAUUGUCAAAUACACUUCCAGAAAAUAACGAAAAUCAUGGCGUUAAGAAGAACUUAACUGACGUAAUGAUAGUCAAAGACACGACCCACGUAACACCAGCUGCACCAACGACCCUCGAUCAUCGACUGCUGUGGUUCAUUUUUGCUAUCAGCUUUUUGCUCGCAUUUUCAGUCUCAUUUACCUCCCUUUAUACAUAUUACCGUCAAUUAAGAAAAUUUAAAGACACAAAUAACAAUAACAUUCAGGUCGAUACCUAUAUAAAAUGUCCCCAAAGGAAAUGGAAUCCGGCAGAUCGAUCGUCAAAUUCCCUGACACCCCAGCGCAGAUAUAUUCACAGAUACCAAACGGAAAAAGACAAAAAAGAUUGCGUGAGACUGUUCAGUAUUAUUAGCGAUGAUGACACGGGUACAACAGAUGAUGAAACAAUUAUAUUUGAUAUUGAUAAUAUUCCAUAAAACGAAAU